CCCAAAAGCUUGAGAGAGAGAGAGACGAAGGCGUAGGUGCUGCUUUCUGUGGUUUAUUGCUCGCGCCUUCGUAGGUGCUGCUUUCAGUGGUUUAUUGAUCCCGUUGCAAAUGGCGAGGGCGGGAGGCAUCACGAAUGCGGUAAAUGUGGGCAUCGCGGUGCAGGCCGACUGGGAGAAUCGCGAGUUCAUCUCCAACAUCUCACUCAACGUCCGCCGCCUCUUCGAAUUCCUCCUCCAAUUUGAGGCUACCACAAAGAGCAAGCUGGCUUGUCUGAAUGAGAAGCUUGAUGUUUUGGAACGUCGACUGGAGGUACUUGAAGUUCAAGUCAGCACUGCCUCAGCCAAUCCCUCUGUUUUCACGUAGUAAUUUGUUUGUUGGAAGUUAGGUACGUCCUCAAGGCUUAUCAUUCUAAUGCAUUUAGGUUAUUGCCAUUUGGUGCUUUAUGCUUAUUGUCUUUUGAUGUGAAUAUAUUGCUGUUGUAUUGAACAUGUCUUUAAUGCCUGACCUCAGACAAAAUUUAUAUGGCCCUUAUGCACAUUGUAAACUAUAAAGCUGGAGAAAGGGGGCAUGAAGGUUUUUUGUUUUACAGUCAGACAAUGUGAUACAUGUCAUUUUUAAGAUAAGUGGUAAAUGUUGAAUUUUCAAUUUUUUCAAACCAGUGCUUCA